AUGGGGUCUGUCAAGAUAUGGGCUUUAAAAUAUAGUGUGGUGAAGGUAGUAGUGUUCUUGAUAAAAAGUAUUACAAUCUUUGAAUUCAUUAACAGAACAAAUGCGGCCAUGUCUGCUGUUUUGACUGAUGGAGCUGUAGGACCCCUCAAUACCGAAACCUCACUUGUCUACAACAGUCAUCACCAACAUACGUAAUGAAUGACCUGACCAGUGACCACACUAAUCUACACACACUGAAUCACCCUACAGUUAACAUUACUCAGUGUCUAUGAGAGAUGGACUGUGCUCAUUUCUCCUUGCUUCUCUUCGGAUGCAGGCAUCUUCACAGCACUAGUAAGUCUACUACUUCAGAUUCACUGACAUGGAUUACAGAUCUCCACAAUGAAUGGGUGUUUACCUAUACCACAAUGACCAGAGCCUUAUGUGGAAUAGGGAACACAAUG